GGCUGUCGUGACGCGACUUUGGGCUGGAAUUGGACUCGUGUAGAGAUCGGGAAUCAUCGUGUUUUUCCGGAGCUGAUGUCAGAGCAGCAUCGAUCGGUCCGGCGGAGCUCCGGAUGAUGGCGCCGUCAAAGCGGAGCCGUUCGGCCUAACGUGAGGGAGGACGGCGGGUGUGGUCCGGACAUGGAGGACCACGCCAGCUCCGAACCGGACCAGCUGCUGCAGUUCCUGCGGAGACUCAAGGAGGUUUUCGACGUGUGCGAUGAGGACGCGGACGGCUUCAUCCGGGUGGAGCACCUGCUGGAUCUCGGUCUCCAGUUCGGUCAACCAGACGAGGUGAAGAAGCUGACCCGCCAUCUGUAUCCCAACGCUCAUGGGAAAAUCAACUUCAAAGACUUCUGCCACGCCGUUUUUGCCAUCAAAGGGUGUGAAGGGAUCCUGAAGGCGGCUGUCGGCCCCCGCCUCGUCUCCCGCCAUCCGUCUGUCACAGACAACGGCUAUAUGUACCAGGCUGCAGAGGCAAACCCAGCCCCCCCCAUCAUCAUGUGCACCCGCCCUUACCCAGAGUGCAGUGCGUCCAGCGACGAGUGUGACAUGGACAGCAGCUCUGACACACGAGGCCCGUCUCAGCAGCCCAGCCUCCUGAACGGAUCGGCGUCUGCAUCCGUCAUCUCUGGCGAGGAGCAGUUCGAGGACUACGGCGAGGGCGUGGAUGUGGACUUCACUCCCAGCAGUCCCUGUCCCGAAGAAGACUGUCCACACACAAACGGCUUCUCAGACCUGGGCUCCUCGCUGCCGUCCAGUGGAGGUCAGACCCCUCAGAAGAUGCGGCAGCUGUACAACAGCGACCUGCUGGACAUCUACUGCUCCCAGUGCUGCAAGAAAGUCAAUCUCCUUAAUGACCUGGAGGCUCGCCUGAAAAACCUCAAGGCCAGCAGCCCCAACAGGAAGAUCUCCAGCACCGCGUUUGGACGGCAGCUGUUCCAGGCUAACCACAGCGUGUUCGGGUCCAGUCAGGGCAGCAGCACAGAGGACCUGUUUGCUGACAGCUAUGACCCCUGUGACCUUGACAUCACGGAGAAGGUGGGCUUCCUGGAGAAGAAGGUGACGGAGCUGGAGAGUGACAGUUUGGCCAACAGCGACCUCAAGUCCAAACUGAAGCAGGAGAACACUCACCUCGUUCACAGGGUGCACGAGCUGGAGGAGCAGGUGAAGGACACGGAAACGAAGGCCUCAGACGGUCUGAAGGAGGAGAUGAAGAGUCACCGCGAAGCUUUCAGCAAGAUGGAGAGAGACCGGAACACAGAGAUCGACCUUCUCUUCAACAGGGUGCAGCAGCUGGAGGAUGAGAACGGAGAGAUGACUUUAAACGUGUGCAGACUGAAGUCUCAGACUGAGAAACUGGACCAGGAGAAGCAGAAAAUUUCAGACAAGCUGGAAGACACGAGUCUGAGGCUGAAGGAUGAGCUGGAUCUGUACAGGAAGAUCAUGGACAAGGUUUGGCAGAACCGCCACGAGUUCCAGAAGGAGAAGGAGUCCAUGCAGGAGCUGGUUGAUGACCUGCGGCGGGAGCUGGACUAUCUCCAGAUAUUCAAGUCAGAAAUGGAGCAUCCUGGGAAAGGAAAAGGACUGUCUGAGUUUAAUGCCAAGACCAUGGAGAUGGAGCAUGAAGUCAGGAGGCUGAAGCAGGAGAACUUCAAGCUGCACGACCAGAACGACGACCUGAACGCUCAGAUCCUCAGUCUGAGUUUGUAUGAGGCCAAGAACCUGUUUUCCUGCAACACCAAGGCGCAGUGCCUCGCAGCUGAAAUCGACAACGCAUCCAGAGACGAG